AUGACUGCUGAUGACUCAGAGGAUGUGGCAGACUCUGACAUCGCAGAUUCUGGGCUCCAUGUGCUGGCAGAGGCGGCAGGUGAUGCAGAACAUGCUAAGGUGAAGGUAGUUGAUCAGGUAAAGAUAGCAGCGUUUCUUCUGUUCGUAGGCUGCAGUAUACAAUCGCAAUUGGGAACCGAAGUUCCUGGGUUUGAACAUUAUAAUUAUACAGUAUUGUAUGUCUUCAAGGGCACACAAACAGAGUGCGACAGCAAUCAUGGACAACUUCAGCUUUUCCUGUCAACUACUGAUGGCCGGACUGGAUGUACACAAGUAACACAUCCCACACAGUUGAACAAGGUGACAACCACAGAUGGCCAGUGGCAGCGUCAGUGUGGCUUCCUCGGUUACACAUCGCUGAAAAGUUCUGAACAAGCACUGCAGGAUUUGUGUUCAGUUACAAUGACUGUCUUUAGCAUACUCUUGAAUAUGCUUCCGGAGCAGAGAUGCAGGCAAAGUGAUAUGACUAGGGAAGACAGGCUAGUCCUGUUCCUGAUGAAGUUAAAGCUUGGAAUCAGUUUUACGGCGCUUGCAUCACUGUUUGGUGUGUGCAGGACGACUGCUGCACGGGCUUUUAAGACCACGCUAGACAUUUUAAGCUUCACCUUACAUGAUUGGGUCUAUGUUCCACCACGAGGCGCCAUCAGGGACACAAUGCCAGAUUCAUUCAAAACACACCAUCCGAAGUGCACGUUCAUCAUAGACUGCACGGAGAUUAGAACUGAAGCUCCAACAGAUGCCGAGCAGCAACACUUCUUGUACACACACUACAAAGGUUCUUACACGCUUAAGUUUCUUGUCGGCAUUAUACCAAAUGGCAUGGUUGCAUUCCUUUCUCAAGCAUACGGCGGCCGCCAUAGUGAUGCCUUCAUCACCCGUGAAUCUGGCUUUCUGUCCCUGAUCGAGCCUGGUGAUGUGAUCCUUAGUGAUAAGGGCUUCCCAAGCAUCACAACAAGUAUUGAAGGUUGUGGUGCAGUUAUUGUGAUGCCACCAUUUUCAUGUGGAUCCCAACUUUCUGAGGCCGAAAUGGAAAGAACUUAUCAAGUAGCCCAAGUUCGCAUCCACGUGGAACGGGUCAUUCAAAGACUGAAGAUAUUCAAUGUUCUGAACAACCGAGUGCCAAUCACGUUAAUACCACACAUGUCCAAAAUUAUGAGAGUGUGUGGAGCACUUGUAAAUUUGCAAAGUCCAAUAAUAAAAACGUGAACGGCCAAGCAAAACAUGGCCAUACCCUGUA